AUGUUUUGGCUCGUGUAUGUCUUUCUGGCUCUCGUUGCCCGCAUCACCGGCUUUGGGAGACGUAUUAAGAGGCGGAGACUCGCAUUUCAUGUACGCAGGAGUUGGCUUGCACAGCUGGAGGAUGCAGAGUGUUACUCGGCUUGGUAUGCCGCCGCGGAGGCUUUGGACCACGUUGAAGCCAAUUCUAGGUGGAAGGCCGGCGAUAUUAGGGCUGCCGGCGUUAUGAAUGGUCUUUGCGCUCGAUGUGCAGAUACGUGGAACUCGCCAGCCCUGCAGAGGAAGAGAGCAAAGCAUGGCAGCGAUGUCACUGAUAGAAUCGAGUCCGUCGUUAAUUUGGAUAUGCUCACGGCUAAACUUAAUGAGUUGGCCGUUUUGUACAAGCAGGGGGACAUCAGGGGCUUGGCCUUUUCGCUCAGGGCCAGUUUGAUACGCAAUUUGGGGGGGAUGUGUCACCCGGAGCUGCAUGAGUAUUCAAGAGUCGGCACGAAUCAGAUCGUCGAGGAUUACGUUAAUGUCACGUCCUAUUUGCUCGCGUAUAUUGCCCAGUCGCAAAGCCAGCAGACCGGGCUGUACUCGAGGAGGGAGAGCCCGGUGCUUUCCACCUCUGCCCCGAUUUCGGGGGUCGGAGCUAUGAAUGAGCUCCAGCUGGAUCCGAGGGAUCAACGCUGGAAUGAGAGGAGUAACAGUUUGUCAAAGAGAAUCAUGAUUGCUCCUGACACAUCCACAGUGCACGAGAGCGACGCCCCCCCCUUGUUGAGCGUGCACGACAAGCUUACCUUUUUUAAUGAAGCAAGGCAUGCAUAUGGCCGCACCGCACUCAUGCUUUCAGGUGGCGCCGCCAUGGGGCUUAGUCACAUGGGCGUGGUCAAGGCUUUGUUAAACCAAGGCUUGCUGCCGAGGGUUGUUUGUGGCACGUCAGCAGGCGCUCUCGUUGCCUCUAUGGUCGGCAUUUUCGACGACGACGAGCUCGCGAGCAUCUUUUCGACAGAGUCUUUGAUUAAUCCCAUUACAAAGGUGCCGCUGUCUUUUCGGUUCUUUGACGAUCAUACUACGGUCCUGCGAAGGAUACGCCGGUUUUUGCGCAAAGGGUAUAUUCAGGACGUGCGAAUGUUGCAAGACUGCCUCCGGCGAAACUUUGGCGAUUUGACCUUUGAGGAAGCGUACAUGAAGACUCGGAGAAUACUUAAUAUUACGGUGUGCCCCCUGCGCAGCUCUUCCGACCCGCCAUUAUUGCUCAACUAUUUGACCGCGCCUCACGUCCUGAUAUGGUCAGCUGCCUCCGCGUCCUGCGCAUUGCCAUUGGUGUUCGCCCCGGUGGAGUUGGUGACAAAGAGCGCGAACGGACGCUUGGUUCCGUACCAUCCAGAUGGCGUGCGUUGGAUCGAUGGGUCGAUUUCGUCGGACGUGCCCCUUUCGCGAAUUGGCGAGUUGUUCAACGUCAACCACUUUAUUGUCUCACAGACAAACCCGCAUGUUAUUCCGCGUAGCAUGCCCAUUCUAAAUACCCGGUUUGCGAUGCUGGUGAAAUCCGAAUUUCAGUUUCGAUAUUGGCAGUUGCUGCAAAUGGGAAUGGUUCCUAAGCUCCUCACCGCAAUAUUCCCGCAUUUCAUGCAACCGUAUGCGGGAGACGUGACCAUCAUGCCGGAUGUUCGCUUAUCCGACUUGACAAAGCUUUUACGCAAUCCGACGUCAGAAUCCGUGCACGGUUCAAUUCGCAGAGGUGAGAUUCAAACUUUUCCGUUUUUGGAUCGCAUUCGCUUGCACUGCUUGAUCGAACAAACAUUAGACCGGUCGGUUGAAAGCGUGGCUACGGCCGCAAAGGGUGAUGAGACGCCCCUCUCGUCGUCAUCCCCCCGGCGGGGUUCAGCGCUUUUCGGAAGGGUCCCAUCGUGGCUCUGGCUAGACACUCGCUCGAUCCUGAGCAGCAGCGCAAUGAAAGCGGUGGCAAGUCGGUUCACGAAACGCGGCGAGCGGGGCGACGAAGAGGAGAUUGUGGAAUUGGACGACGACUACGAGGAAGGGGCUUCUGAGGCGAGCUCGGACGAUGUGAUGGUUGCGAAGCGGCGGCGUGGGAAUAGAGUGCGGAAGCUGUGUGGUCCAGACAGCGCGGACGUGACACUGGACGGCAUUUUAAUGGAAUUGUCGAGAGAAACGCUUAGCGGCGAGCCAUUGCCGGAUCCAGUCGAGUAUCACUUUCCGGGGCUUGCGGAUGAUAGCGAGGGCUCAGCAGAGGAUGAGCGACCAAUGUGCUGACUGACGGCUCUCCGUGGGCAUUGAAUCGGUACAAAACAAGUUGUACAUAAGAACAUAAUAUAUUCUCGCUAGGUAUGCUAGGUGGUAGAGAUGCAAGAAUAGAAACACGUUUUCGCUUUUAUUGGGAUUAGGUUUGCAAGCAAGGCUUCCGUGGCUUUGAGCACUGGAAGAGUGGCAGCCGUGGUGAUCGUCAAGUUCAGCGAACCGCCAUGUUUUUGCUUUGGACCACAUGGAGAGUUAAAUCUGAAAGGUCACAUGGUUUGCUGUGCAAAGCCUGCGCUUCGUCGAAUUGGUGCUCGAGGCCUGACAAUAAAUGCGGGUUUUGUCAGAAUGCUCGCUUUCCCACUUUA